AUGUCGUACAACAUCGCGGGCAAGGCAAUCAAGAACGAGUACCUCGCGAUCGGUACGAUCCUCACGACGAUUGGCAUUGCCGUCGCCGCCUCGGGCGGUGACAAGAAGGCUGCCACCGACGCCGCCCCUCCCCCCGUCAAGCAGGACUCGUCAAUCAACACCGGCAACUCUGACGAGGACGAGUUCAUCCGCGCGUUCGUCGCCGAGGCCGAGAAGGAGGGCUCGCACUAG